AGUCCAGGAUUCAUCAGGACAUAGGAGGAUCAAGACCCGGUACCACCUCUAGUCCCCGGCACCACCUCUAGUCCGGGAUUCAUCAGGACAUACGAGGAUCAAGAGAAACCUGUUGGCUGCGCCGCCCGCGUCCCGGCCAGGCUCUCCCGGGCGGAGCGCCAUGCGUGUGUAGCGACCCGCGCUGCGGUGAGCAUGGAGCCGAUCGGGGUCUCGUUCCUGGACCCCCUGCACGACUACGAGUUGAUCCAUCGCAUCGGGUGCGGCACGUACGGAGACGUGUACAAGGCCCGUAACAUCAGCACCUCUGAACUGGCAGCCAUAAAGGUCAUCAAGCUGGACCCUGGUGAUGACAUCACAUCCAUCCAGCAGGAGAUCACGAUGAUGAAGGAGUGCAAGCACAAAAACAUUGUGGCCUAUUUUGGCACCUAUCACAGGAAUACCAAGUUGUGGAUUUGCAUGGAGUACUGUGGUGGAGGGUCACUACAGGACAUUUACCAUGUGACAGGCCCAUUAAAGGAGAAGCAGAUCGCCUAUAUCUGCAGAGAAACUCUUCAGGGCCUUUACCAUCUGCAUGAAACUGGAAAAAUGCACAGAGACAUAAAGGGAGCCAACAUCCUUCUCACAGAGAGAGGAGAUGUGAAACUGGCUGAUUUCGGGGUUGCUGCAGAGAUCAGUGUCUCAGUCUCCAAAAGGAAGUCUUUUAUAGGAACUCCUUACUGGAUGGCCCCGGAGGUGGCGGCGGUGGAAAAGAAGGGCGGGUACAACCAUCUGUGCGACAUUUGGGCAGUGGGCAUCACCGCUAUUGAGCUGGCCGAGCUUCAGCCGCCCAUGUUCGACCUCCACCCCAUGAGAGCGCUGAUGUUGAUGUCUAAGAGCAGCUUUCAGCCUCCCAGACUCAAGGAAAAGACAAAGUGGUCGACAGGGUUUCAGAGCUUUGUGAAAAUGGCACUCAUCAAAAAUCCACGUAAGAGGCCCUCAGCCGAGACCUUACUGCAGCAUCCGUUUGUGACCCAGCUGCUAACCCGUAACCUGGUCAUCGAGCUGCUGGACAUGGCCAACAACCCUGAGCUCCACGCCGGCACACACAACAUGGACGACAGCGAGCUGGAGAUUGGUGAACUUGCCCCUGACAAGAUCCAGUCAGCAGGGAAACACCUGCCGGUAGAGAGGACCCAGUCUGAGGAGCAGUUUGACCAAAUGAAAUUCGGGCCCCCGCUGAGGAAAGUUACAGAACCCUAUCCGGAUAUGCAGGGCUCCUAUGAUGACUGGUGUCUCUCUGGAGAUGAAGACACCUCACCGAGCCUGUUGGAAUGUGUGGAGCAAGCUCUGCAGCUGAGGAGUUUAACCAUCAGGAGAGCGCCAUCUACUGAUGAUAAAGGUGUUAAGAAGAGUGUUUUGUUCAGCCCCUCCACCGCCUCCCUCCCUGCUUGCAGCUCCCUCUCCCCCGACACAGAGGAGAAGGACCUCACUCUGCGACCCAGCUGCACGCUGGGGCCCGACUCCGCUGUCACCCCCAACUUCAGCUCCUCCUCAGGGCUGGCUAGGUGUUCGGCCACACAGGACGUUAGGCAGCGCUGCAGUGACCCCUGUCUGCCGGAGGCCAGCACUGCCGCAACAGAGAGGAAACCUGUUGGAACCCCCCCAAAAAGAGACACGUCGCUCUCGCCUGAAUGGAGCACUCUACGGAAAAAGGCCGACGACUCGAGAGCCGAAUGUCAUGGACUCCCUCCUACCCCUCAAGUCCAUAUGGGAGCAUGCUUUUCAAAAGUCUUCAACGGCUGCCCGCUGAAGCUCCACUGUGCUGUGACCUGGAUUCUGCCCAAGACAAGGGAUCAGUACCUCAUUCUGGGGGCGGAAGAAGGGAUUUACACUCUCAACCUCAACGAGCUUCAUGAGGAUACGUUAGAGAAGCUGCUCCCUCAGCGUUGUACGUGGCUGUACGCCAUGAACAACGUGCUGAUGUCCGUGUCAGGGAAGUCAUCGCAGCUGUAUUCCCACAGUCUGACGGUUCUCUUUGAGCAGAAGGGCCACCUCCACAAAAAACACAGCAGCCUGUCCCUCAGCACCAACCGCUUCACAGAGAGGAUCAGCACCAGCAGGAAAUAUGCUAUCUCUGUGAAAAUCCCUGACACUAAAGGCUGUAGGAGGUGCAGUGUAGCAAGGAACCCAUACACAGACAGUACAUUCCUGUGUGGAGCAGUUCCAUCUGGUCUGGUUCUGCUGUUGUGGUAUGAGCCUCUCCAAAAGUUCAUGCAGCUGAAGAACAUUGCAAUAAGUCUCCCUGAACCUCUUCCUAUAUUUGAGCUUCUGGUGUUGGUGUCAGAUGAGUUUCCACAGCUGUGUGUGGGGGUGAGAGACUCUUCCAACGGGAAGCCAUCAACCAGCCAGCAGCUUAAGUUUGACAUCAUUGAACUGAACGGGACACCUAAUUCAACCCCAGCGAAUGGACCUGUGGGGGCAGUACAGGUCACCCAGCUGGACCGAGACACUGUUCUCAUUGCACUAGAAAAAACUGUCAAGAUUGUAAACCUGCAAGGUCUCCCGUCCAGAGAGCUGACCUCUGAAAUGGUGUUCGACUUUCCCAUCGAAACCUUAGUUUGCUUACAGGACAGUGUUCUGGCAUUCUGGAAGCAUGGCCUGAAAGGGAGGAAUCUCCAUACAAAUGAGGUUACACAAGAGAUCACAGACGAGACUCGAGUUUUCAGAGUUCUUGGAACGAACAGGGACAUUGUCCUUCAGAGUACCCCGACAGAGGACCCAUCAGCUUUGAGCAACCUGUACAUCCUGACUGGCCAUGAAAGCAGUUACUGAGAGGAAGGUCUGGAAGGGAAGUUGAAAAAAGAAGACGCAUAUCUUGUUAAAUCAAGAUGGAGGGAAUCACAGACCUACUGUACUAUGUCACCCCGUGCAGAAACUUUAGGAAAUGGGCAAAGCGAGACUACUCUGAGACCAAAGGUGGACUUGAGAUUCUGUUGCGUAUAAGAAGGUGGUGGGAUUCAGUUUCCCUCACGCUCACCUGGGCACACAUGAACUAUUGUGGGUCUCUGAAACAACUUGUAAAAUGGAAAUGUGUCAUUAUGCUCAGUGGUCAUGCCACUUUCUGGACAUGCACAUGCUCCUUGACCCUUGACUACCCCCCCUUGCCUUUAUACUGGCGUGAGAUCAGAAUAAGUGACACUGGGUGUUUCAGAAAACAAUAUGAAGUGUACAUACGAGAGGCCUAAAAGUCCAGAUAUGUUCAGAUCUGCUUUGUGCGGUGACUGAUAGUUUCAGUCAUAUACAGCAGCGAGACACAGAAAGGGCAGCGCUGAUGAAGUCUAAAGCUGCCAGUUUGACAGUAACGUAAAAACUAACGAAAAGCCACUACGCGACAGUGUUCAUAUGUUUAUGUUUAACAAUGCAAGGCCAUGGGAUGGGACAGAAAUAAUACAACACUUACUUAUGUCUGAGGAGUACUUGAAGAUAUAAUAUACAUAUUUGUUUUCUUCCUUUCCUGAUGUGAUCCUGACUCUUGAAUCUUUAUGUAAAGCUGAAGAUGGGCUUCUGGUUUUAUGGGGUGGGGUGGGAGGAUAAAAAUAAGUGUAAAAUAAGCUUUUUAUAUUUAGCUUUACACUCCUGAAACGGUCGUGGAUGAGACAGGAGAUGUGAUUUCAGAAAGAGCCUCAUGAAUGCCUCUGUAAAUUUCAGAAUAAAAUUGUAA